AUGGCGGCCCGAGGAGAGGGAGUGGAGCUGCUGCUGCUAAAGCUUGGGGAGAGCCGGCGCCGCUUCCAGAAGCGCAUGCAGAGGCUGAUCGCGAAGUAUGACCGGGCCUACAAGGACUCCCCGCUGGUGCAGAUGUCCACGCUGACCUACGAGACAUCUCAGGGUUUGAGAAUUUGGGGUGGAAAACUAGUGGACAGGAGCAGAGCACAGUGCCAGGACUCGCCCCAGAAGGUGGAGGACAGGAACGAUGGCCAAUGGGGAGCGACAGCCAACAGCCCUGUGGGAGCUGAGGCUGAGAGUGGCAAUGCAGAGUCCACGCGUCAUCAGGAAGGACUGACGCUGGCAGUGCCCAGGAGCCCUCUGAAGAAUGAGCUCAGGAGGAAGUACCUGGCACAGGCGGAGCUGCUGCUGCAAGGCCAAGGACAUGCCCAGGGUGCUGAUCAUGGAAAGGACAACGACAUCCAGGGGACAUGGGACCCCGUAUUGUUCUCGCUCCUCAGGCCUCCUCGGGGAAACUGCAGCAGUGGCUCUGACGAUCGUCCUGGAGCCUUGGUCACGCUGCCCUGUGCCGCCAGAGAGUACCAACCCUCUCCUCCGGGCCUGGAGGACCCGGCCUCAGCGCCCGGAGGUCUGUCCUUCCAGGAGGCCACAGGUGACAGCUUCUUGAGCAACCAGUCCCUGGAGGACAUUGACCUGUGCGAGGUGACCAUCAGUGACCUGUAUGUGGGCAUGCUGCACUCCAUGAGCCAGCUGCUAAGCAACCGGCCAGCCUGCAUCAUCUCCACCAAGACGUCCAUCCUGCAGAACUGGAGGCCGCGGUGGAGGUCUAGGGGCAGGGCCAGGAUGAACCGGACCUACUGCCGGGGCAGACGAGCCUUGGUGCACAGUCCCCCCGACACAUGUGGGCCUGCCUCGAAGCCUGGGCGGGGCAUCCCAAGAGAUCCCGAGAAUCUGCAGCAGGCCCCCAGGCCCUGGACCAAGUUCCGACUGGAGAAAGAGCUCCUGGCAGUGAGCCCGGGCCCAGGUGCAGACUGGCGGGGGCAUGAGGGCACACCGCCCAAGCGCGCCCUGUUGACCUACACAGGAGCCAGCUCAGGGUGUGGCUUGGACCAGGAAAACCAGUUGCUGAAACUAAAGUGGCUGAUUUCUCCCAUGAAAUUGGCUGCCAGGCUGCAGCUGCUGCCCAGGCAGAUGGGCAUUCAGUGCCAGGAGAUCAGAAACAGGUUUGCAGAGCUGCACCAGGAAUACUGUCCAAGUCCCCGGAUGCCACCCAGCCCUGCUGCCCUCCCGGGCUCUCUGGUCGCCUCCCACAGGCCGGCCACUGCUUUCAGGGACACCCAGGCCAGGAGGCUGAGGGAGGCUUUCAAAGAUACUGUCACAGGCUCCAUGGGGGCUGUCCACUGCCUGAUCCCGGCGUCCCCCUCUCCUUCCCGUGGCCCCCUAGAUCCUGCCCCACUCAGCCCCGGUCGCUUGCAGCCCCUGGGACUCAGCCCCCCAGCCUCUCGGAUGUCUGCGUUGCCUAGUCCAGCACGCUCUUCCCGACACGCCGCUCGCUACCGGGAAAUCAAAGAAGCCUUCACCCAGCUCCACUGGGAGUUGUGCGACAAGGCCCUGGCACAGGCGGCCGUGGUACCUCACUCUCCUCAAGACGCUUCUGGGAAAAGAGGUCCCCCAAAGUCACCCUCACCCAGUGUCCGCCACACAGUCUCAGCAGAGGCUCAGCUGUCUGCACGGUGCAUGCACAAUGCCAGGGAGGACCCCGAGUCCCCGGUGAAGAGACGCCGCUUGUCAGCACCCCCACUGUUCAAGCCCUGGGACUCCUCGAGGCCUGUGAAGGAGGUGGAGUCCCAUCAGCCUGAUGACAAUGACAUGAACGAGCGGAAGAGGAAAGCGCAACGUGUGUUUCAAGAUGGAAGAGUGGUUAUGUGUUGGAAGAAAAUGUCAAGCUAAAAAAACUGGCAGCAAAGAUACUUUGCAGUAUUAGCCCUUCCGUCCCUUGCUCUUUGUUUAUGUAAUUUUUAAAUCACCAAACACGUUCAAGAACUUGGCUUCAGUCCUCUGCCACUCAAGACACAUGUCUGUUAAAAUUGGUUCCAUCACGUUGCCUCUGAGUUCUCAGUG